CCCUACAGCUGUGCUUGGUGCAUUGCUGUCACCUUCACACCCACCGUUAUAGCAGUCGCUUUGCAUACUUCGGCCUUCGCUCGUCGUGUGUUUAUUCUGUCUGUCUCUGCUGGUCCCGAAGCGCCGCAUCCGGUUUGUCCGAAGGCGUCGCAGGUCGCAGACUGAGACAACAACGCGGCGGUGAGACUGUGUGCUACAUACCCCACAUCAGCCACCAUGUCGAUGGUUUACCGCCAGGUGGAGCAAGAAGAGCCGGUUGAUGGGGCCCGCUUCAACGGGGAGGGCGGCGUACGACGACAGUGGUGGUGGCAGCCAGGGCCCGUUGACUCAUGCUGCUUCUGCUGCUCUCUACGCGCGGGUGUGGGCAUCCUCGCCGCGAACGAUCUGUUUCUAAACGGCAUCUGGUCAACGUUCUACUCGAGAAGUCACAUCGAGAAGAUGCUACACGCCGCCAUCGAGAUUCUGCAGUCGGUGUACGACAAGGACUGCAAAGAUGCCCCCGUUCAGACGGAAGACUGCCUGCAGCUCAGCCACAAUAUCGAGCAAGCGGAAUUCGAAGUCGAACUGUUCGACAACCUCCCGGUCAUCGUGUACGUGGAAGCGAUCAUCGCCAUGCUCGCCGGCGCGGUCGGUCUAUUCGCUGUCUUCAAGUCCAACGCGCUGUCGGCCAAGAUUUACCUCUGGAUGUGGCUGCCAAGGUUUUUCGUUGGCCUGGUGGCUAAGUACACACUGCGUGCCGUGAUGAAGCAGUACGGGAUCGACAACAGCGAUGGGCCGGGAGUCGUGAUUGGCCACCUUGUGGAUGUGGUCGUCUUUCUCUACUUCGUUAAGGUGGCGUGGUCGUUCCACCAGAGGCUCAAGGCACGCUCUGGAAAUUCCUCCUCGCCAUCUGGGGGUGUGGAGAGCAUCCAACUUGCUUAG